CUUCAUAUAUUCUUCAAUAUUUCAUCCUUCUUGCAAUUAUUCUUCAGUGUUCUUGCAAAAUCCCUGCAAAUUUCUCUUUUUUUUCUUGCUCUCCCUCUCUCUCUCUCUUGUUGCAAUGGCAGGCGGUCAAAGAAAGCGUUCCCGCACCGGCAAGAACGUUGCUUCCUCUUCGGCUCCUCCACCAUCAACGCACAAAUACCUUGACGGGUCGUUUCUUUGGUUCAACGACCGCGAAGAGGCUACAAGGUUCUCGGAGAAGUUUGAGCAUCGGGAAAUUUUCCCUCCCCGAUUCUCCACAGCCCGCUUCAUUCAUGACUCCAUUCCAUGUGAGGCACGGGUUAUCCUUGAACGUGGAAACUUCCUUGAACGUGUCUCGUCUGCUUCUUCAUCCAUUCUGGUCAAUGGGGACUUACAUGGUUUUUUUAAAAGCAAACAAGGGUUGAGACAGGGGGACCCCAUGGCACCCACUCUUUUCCUCCUGUGUGUGGAGUACUUCUCCAGAUUGCUUAACUCUAGAGCCAAGGAGGAAGUUUUCAAUUAUCACAAGGACUGUGCUGCUUUGGGGAUAACACACUUGGCCUUUGCUGAUGAUCUUAUGUUGUUCUCUCGUGGUGAUCUUCCCUCUGUGCAAGUGCUUAUGGACUGUUUGCAACAUUUUACUAAUGUCUCUGGGUUGGCCUUGAAUCCUACUAAGUCCAAUAUCUUCAUUUCUGGGAAAAACAGGGACACUAGUCAGGAGCUACUGGAUUUGGUUUCUUUCCCUCGUGGUCAACUACCUGUGAGAUACUUGGGUCUCCCUUUGGCUUCACAAAGGAUCUCAGAGAAUGACUUUGCACCCCUCUUCAAAUCCGUGAAUGGAUUUCUGUCCAAAUGGAAGACUAUGAAGCUCUCUUAUGCUGGGAAGGUGGAACUGAUCAGGGCAGUUAUCCAAGGGGUCCAAUCCUUUUGGCUCCAAGCCUUCCCUGUCCAAAAAUAUGUACUUGAUCGUAUCACUUCUCUCUGCCGGGAGUUCCUUNUUAUUGUGUUGGCCUAUGUGCGAGAGCUUUUGAUUCAAAAGCUUGGUGACCACAACUUCUCUAUGGAUGUGGCUAUGCAACCUUAUUGUGUGGGAGAUAACCUUGUUCCAGGCAAGGUCUAUGAUUUGUUUAGGGUAAAGUCCAGCCCCAAGCCUUGGAUGGCUUUCAUAUGGCAUUCAACAUUUCCUCCUAAAUGCUCUUUUACGAUGUGGUUAGCGUUUAGGAGGAGGUUACCCACCAAAACCAACUUGGAGUUUCUUGGCCAACCCAUGGAUUGUACCUUCUGUGGCCAGGCUUUGGAGAAUGUAGAUCAUCUUUUCUUUGGCUGUUGUGUCACUGAGCAGAAUGAGGAAAACAUUCAAAUCCUCACCGGGCUUCGACGGGACGGACAGGAUCUUGGGCUCUACGUCGGAGAAGAAGGAGUGCGGUUCAAUGAGACCGCUCUCUUGGAGGAAGUGGGCAUCCGACACUUCGUACCCACUCCCCAACAGCGGCGCCCUACGAUUUCUUCCAUGAGUCCCGUGUAUCGUUUCAUCUUCUAUGUGUUGACACGGAUCCUCAAGCCCAGGAAGUUCAACCACACCACUCUCUCCCAAGAAGACACAAAGACGAUCCAUGCGAUGAUUCACAACGCCAAUAUCGAUUGGUGUAAAUUUGUGAUGAUCCACAUGUUCAACGCCACCUCUGACAACCAGCCGCUCCCCUACGCCCUCCUUGUCAUGGCGAUUCUUGAAGAAUAUAACAUCAAAACCGAUGUUGGGCCAAAGAUAAAGGGGACAAAGCAUUGGGAGAUUGAUGAAUCCUCUUUCCACUCGGGCACCGACGAGACUCCGUUUCGACAGCCUUGUCCACGCCGACAACCGAGAGCCACUGCCUCAGCCGCCACCACGUCGACCAAUCCUUCUCUCGCCGAGCAAAUGGCAGCCUUAACCGCCACUCUCUCUCGGAUUGACACCAAUGUCUCCAAAACGGCACACAACGUCAAUACCUUGAGCCGUGAACUUCACGGGUAUUUUGACUUUGUCAAUUACCCGUACGCUCAAAUGGUCCCUUACGUUCCUCCACCGAAUUUCGGAGGUGAACAAAGUGGGACUCAAAACGUUGGUAGAGAUGACGAGGUGGACGAUGAAGAAGAAGAAGAAGAAGAAGAAGAAGAGGAAGACGAAGCCGAUGAUGAUGAUGAUGAUGAUGAUGGUGAUGAAGAAGAAGAAGAAGAAGACAUUGACGAAGAACAACUUCUCAAUGAUCUUUCCCCGGAUUUCUAGAGCACUAGCUCUACUUUCUUCUCUUCCUUAUUUUAUCAUCUUAUAAUAUGCUUUCGUUAUGUACUCUGCUAUUUCCCUUAAUUAAUUAAUAAAAAUCUUUAUGAUUU